AUGUCAGAAUCACCUCUUAUCACUCAAAAUUAAUGUUUGCAACAGCCAAAUGAUGAUAUGUGGAAGAUAGAUAUCAAAUGUUAAUCCUUGAAUGAUGACUAAUAAAUAGCAAACUAGCAAAUUUUCAGCACAGAGAGUUUAGUUCUAUACAAGAGUCCCAUACCUCUGGCAUCUUAAGGGAAGUGUACAAGUGAUUUUAAUCCAGAGACAUCUGAUGAAAAGUUGUUUAUCCUCAUAGAAGACUAGACUCAAAGCUAAAAAGAACUUAAUCAACAUUUGGAUUUUCAAACUAGAAUUGUGGAGAACUCAUCGUCUAGUCAGUCUAAAGGAGAUUUGUAGAGCUUCAAAAGUGCAAGAAGUAUUGUCACAAAGGGUUCUCAUGGUAAGGAGAGAUACCAGUCUGUAAGAUCAAGCCAGAGUAUUGUUAGAGACAGUUUAGAGAAUUUAAGACUUCAAACUCUCACAACCUAUUCUGAACUCAAAGAAAAUUAAGCAUCUCUCAAAGAUAUCAGGAAAGUUUAAGAGGUAUUUAAAACUCUAAGUCAUGAGAGUCCCAAAAAGUUAAGCAAAAACUCAUCUCACAGUUCUAGACACAAUCAUAGAGAAAAUCCAGUUCGCUAAUCAUUUAUCCCACCUCCACCUUAACCAAUCAAUAAACUUCUAACCUCAAUGGCUUAAUUCUUUACUCAACAGUAAAAGCCAGAAAAAUAGGAUAACAAUUAUAUCAAGUUACCUAUUAGUCUUUAGCCAUCAUUAGGAAAUUAGCAUUCUGUAUUUAGCAUAAUAACUAAUUAAACAAUUGUAAAAGACCAGGACAAGCUCAUUGAUUCAAUCAAGAAGAAAAUUAAUGACCAUUUUUAGAGGAAGCCUUAAACAGUUAAGGCAGCUACAAAGAUUGAAGACAAGCAAUAACUAAAGAUUAUUGAUAAUCUCUUUGAGUAUUAAAGAUCAAUCCUUAUAUAGACUGCCUUGAUGAAAUACUAAUUCAAUAGCCCACACUUUUUGUCUAUGAUUGAGAAUGGCAAAAUUGAAAAUAUCUUGACAGAAUAGCUGGAAACGUUUGUAAAAAUUCUACCUAGAUAGAAUGAGCUUCAAAAAUUGAAAGAGACUAUAUUAUCUGAGGGCUACAUCAACUAUGAAGAAGCCUAAGGCAAGACUAAAUUGGGAACUGUGGAGAGUUUUUUCAUUCUUAUCUAAAGCUACCCCAAACUAUAAUUGAAAGCUGAAAUUUUACUUGAUAUAGCACUAUUUCAAGAUAAGAUUAAUGAUCUAAUGAUGCUAAAUGAAAACUGGACUAAGGUAUUUGAUUUCAUUAUAAAAAAUGAAAACCUCAGAAGUAUCGUAUAUCUUAUCUAGUAAUCUCUGAUUCAGCUUUAAUAUGGUGAUACAUAGUUUUCAAAAUAAAUGUACCAAUUUAAUAUACUAGAGAUCAACAGGGUAUUUGAGGUUAAAUCAACCAAGAAUGCUUAGAAAACAAUGUAUGAUGUACUAUUUAAAGAUCUAUUCUUACUAUCAGAGGACAGAUAAUGGCUUAUCUUUUCAGAACCUUAGAUUAGCAUGAUUAGAGUUGUCAUGAGAGAUAACAUUUCAUAAUUCUAUCUAAAAAUAAAUGAACUCACAAACAUCCACUAGAAAGUUCAAACUGAAUUUAAUCAAUGGGAUUUAAAUGAUAAAGUUUUCAGGUCCACGUUAGAAUCUUUCUAAAAAUUCUAUUAAGAGCAUGUGAAAAUUGUGGUCUAGUAAACUUCUAAGUAAUUCGACAUUGCAGUUCAAAAUUUCCUUGAGUAUUUCGGACAGGAAGAUAUUUCUAAUCUAGAUCAGAUAAUUCAGACUAUAUUUGAGUUCAGUAUCAAGCAUCAGAAGGUUUAUGAAAAGAUAUUGAUCAAGAUUAGAAAUCAAUAAAGAUAAUCAAAUAUGAUUAAAGAAGAGAGGAGUACUCCAAGCAAGCAACCCCAUCACUCAAGAACAGCUUCUGAUGUCAAUCAGCAUCUCAUAUCAGCUCCAAAAAAGAUUUCUCACUAAAGAGUUAAGUCUAAUCUUCUUGGAGAAAAGUAAAGUCCUAUUGUCCAAUAAGCAAAGUAGAAGCAAUGCCCACAUUCUAUAAGAACCAAAAAUGUAUCACCAAGAGAUUCGCACAUUCCAAAGCUUUAGGAGAUAGAUGAAUUUAGCCAGAGCAAUAACUCAAAUGCUCCUAAAACUCAGAAGAAAUAAGCUUUAAACAAGUAAUUAUUCAAUGCUGCAAGCAAAAGUUGCCUUAAGAGCCCAGCCAAAGCUGAGCCUUCUCCAAGUCAAUCAUCAAGAAAAGGACCAGAGGAAGAGAAAGUAGCAUUGAAUACUGCUUUUGGAGAAAAUGCAUUACCAAACCAGAUUAAUAUUGGCAUUAAUUUUGCUAUGAAUGAGUUAUCUUCAAGAAACAAGGCCAUAGUACUUAAAGACUAGGGGAAGUUAAGAAGUGCUUGUACGGCUGGGCAAAACUAAUCAUUUUUAACUGCUGUUCAUAAAAAAGGAAUCUCAAAAGAAAAUGAUAAGGCAUUGUCUCAAUUCUAAACAGGCACCAGUAAUGGAGGAGCAUCUGGACCAGCCCAAUAUAUCAACUCAGGAAAGCAGAGUAAGAUAAUGGGUAGAGGAAACUCAAACGCCAUUCUCAACUUGAAAUAGCAAGAUCCAUAAUAGUAGCAGAGAGUCAAGUCAAGACUAGAAUAAAUAUCUAAGUAGGCUAGAUUCUGA